GUGAGGCGAAAAGGAAAGGCAUGGCUUGCUCAAGAGGUGCAAAGAUGGUUCAUAUGGCGCUUGGUACGGAACAACUUGUCACGUACAAACAGAAACCUCAUCAAAAAUUAAUCCUUAUGCAAGCUGGAGUAAACACGGACUCCAAAAUUGAGCCCAAAGAACUAAGGCUGCAACAUUUGGAGUACUUUUCUGAAAAUCCAGUCGGUUGUGGAACUUUUGGACAAUGUUUUCGCGGGCGUUAUCGAAAUAUCGAAGUAAUAGUAAAGAAAAUGAUUCACAACGAGACCAUAGAGGAUCAAGAACGAGCAAGAAGGAAUUUACUUCAUGAAGCAAAAGUAAUUUCUGCUUUGGGAGACCACCCAAAUCUGCCAAUGAUUUUCGGUGUGGUAACCAAAAGUUUACCAUUGGGUCUUGUUAUGCAAUUUCACGGGGUUAAGGAACAAAGUACAACCCUCCAUCAUGCGGUCGCUGCCGACAUUCUUAAUCCAGCAAGCUGUCUAGCUGUAUUUCAAAAGAGAUGCUCCGCUUUGUACCAUAUACAUUCAAAAGGCUACCUCCACAAUGACCUUAAAGCAGACAAUGUAGUUCUCGAACGAAUCUCAGUCUCCGAGGAAUUAAACCCGGUUGUCAUUGAUUUUGGAAAGAGCAUUAAGGCAUCAUCAGUUCAGGCUUACAGAAAAGGCAACGGAACUGAAUGCAGUACGAAACGAUAUUUGGCCCCAGAGGUUAGAAGUGAACGGCGAUACAGCGUUGCCAGUGACAUUUAUUCAUUGGGACGAAUGCUCAAGGCGAUAUCCUGUGUAGUGGGGAAUUGGUAAAGGAUCUAACUAAAGAGAGGGCGUCAGAGAGACCAAGCUUGGAGGUUUUUGCACAAAAAAUUUCGGAGUUUAGUUUUUAGAUAUCGCAAUUUACGUUAUUGUGUUGCAAGCAGUUCGUCUCAAGAAAGCAGGACCUUGCACAAGCUUAAUGGUCUUGUCAAAGAAAUGUCAGCUCACCAUCGCUGUUUCUAUUCACAACCUGAUUGCGAACGUUUUAACUAUGAUUCCGACCCAGAGAAAGCGCAAGACCAAUGAUACAAAAGGUCUCCUUCAUGCGGUUAAUUAUUUAUCAGACAAUUAAAAGUAAUUGAUUAGAAGACCAGGAGAGUUCUAUAGUAAUCGAAGUCUUCAACGAUUUUUAAGACUUGGAUCGCUCUCGGCUCUGUAGAAGAAACUCGGGAUAUUUCUUGCGCUCUAAAAUAUUAUUUCUUGCUAACUGUAAUCAAACUUUUGCAAGCACGCCGUUUGAGUCCCUGUCAACUUCGGGCUUCAGUACACCAGCCAGUGUGAUGUUUCCUUGCCCACGAUUUGGCCUCGAAGAAAGUGUAAGACCGUCUGGCAGUGAUCAUAACUUACGUUUAAAGUUCAGUUAGAGACUUUGUCAGGAAGAAUUUUAUCUUUAUUUGCCUUGUCAUGGCAUUCCAACAAAACAAAUUAACAAUGUGAAGUACGUUUCUGCUUAUAAAUGGUGUAAUUAAUAAAGGACCAUUUAUUUAGUGAUUUUUAGAGCUUUGCUGGAGCGAGCGAAUAUGAUUUUGAACCAAGCAGAGUACUAGUGCCAGUGAACACGUUACGUUUAUGUAUUGAGUCCUUUAGAUAAAAACUCGUCAAAGUCAUCAAACAUUAAAUUGACUGUUGUUUGAGAGAAACGUUUCUUUUUUUUCUAUCUUAUAAUUGUAAGGGAAAUUUUCCCGCCUGGAUUUCUCCGCUUCAGCGUCUCUUCAUCUUAGAACGAGUGUUUUCUGGGAGGUAUUCACUUGCCAUUAUCAAAAUCGUCAGUUUCUGAAUAUGCUGAACAUCAACUUUUUUUUAAAAAAAGUCUUAUUUUAUGGCAUUCAAACCAAGACGAAAAGGGGAAACUCUUGACAUUAGGCUAAAGAUUGGCCAAUCUGCCAUUGACCUAGCAAAAGAGACUGUUUUUAGGUGUAAUUCUGGAUUUUACUUGGAAACCACACCUUUCUAAUCUGGCUAGAAAAGGCGAAGGCAAAGCGAAUAGUCAGUGUUGAAUAGCCCCGAGACGCGGAGCGUCUCGGGCGCUAUUCACCACUAAGCGCGGAGCCUGAGGCGUGGAAUAGCAGGCCAUAAAAAUUUUCACUUAUUUUUAGAACGAAGGAUCGAAAAUUCCUUUCUAAACUCCACACUAAAGGAAUACCAUACCUGGGGCACGUGACCUAAGAAAGCAAGGGAGAAACAGGCGAACGGCGACAAGCAAAGCUCGCAUCGCCAGUUUAUCAUCUUUUGAAUGAAGUUUCACAUGUUGAUGUCGAUCAAAGUUUAUUUUGAUCCUUUUUAUGGACAAUCACAGUGUUCAGAGUGGGAUUUUCAUCUCAUUUCUUCCUCUUAUUGGUCUAGAGAACUCAUGUUUAUUGAAAACGAAUUUGCAGAGUCGAGAAGUGCCUUGAAGGAGAUUUUCAGACAAUCAAAAAUAGUGAAUUAGACAGCAUUUAAAAUUUGUAAGUAUUUUGGAAUCCCUGAUUUAAACGCUCUGAUUUUUUGGCUCACACAAAAGAUUUAUUAAUCGAGGGAAUACUUAGUCGAUAAAAGAAAUCCGUAGCGGGUUAUUCUGACAUGUAAAAUUUUAAAGGAAUCUGCACUGCAUUUGAUGUUCCCAUGUUACCCAAAGAGAUUUAAUAAAUUCAACUAUAAAAAAACGCAUUCAUCAGUGAACACGAAAAGCCUGCGCAUGAUGUUAAAUUUGUUUACUUUCUUUUAGCGCCAGUUUACGAAGCCAAUUUCCCUUCUAAUUUAGUAAAAGGGUCACAAACUGGUUAUACAUGAAAAAUACGUGAUUUGCGCCAUUUCACCUUCUUUUUCGUGGAAAUAUAUAAACUGCGCGAAGGGCCGAAAAUUUUUGGCGACUAAACUACUUGUGCUGGAGACCAGAUCUGAAAACUUAGGGACCAGCUGGCACCAAGGUUUUUUUCUGAUAGUCGAGCCCUGCCGACACAGAAAUUCAAAAUGCUAGUACCUUUUCUUUUUACGGCCAAACUUCGAACCUCUUCUACUUUGACUUCCCCGGCGUUGCCUUGUUCUGUUUUGUACGUGCUGCUUAAAUGUAAGUCUGCUUGUCCUGUGCUUGAUUAACUUUUUUACCUGAAGUAUUUACAAUCUUUAUUGAUGACCUCUAAAUGUUAUUUCAAAGGUGCAUUUUUUACGAGCCUGUAGCUCGUAUACGCCCCUAUGGAUUUUCUUCAGGUCUCCUCGCCUUAUGCUUCACUUUCCGUUGUCAUUGUGUACUUAACUGUAAUUUAUUUUUUAUUUUCUAUUUUUUUUUCAAAUAUUAUGUAAAUGAUGGCAAAACAAAUAAACUAAACUAAACUAACUAUACAGUGGACCUAGCCAGCCAUUCUAAUUCAUUGAGUCGGAUUUGUUCUGUAUCCCACUUUGACACAAACAUUCGAUUUAACCAGCCAUUUUCAUUCACUUAGUCGGAUUUGUUCUGUAUUCCACUUGGACACAAACAUCGGACUCAACCAGCCAUUUUCAUUCAUUGAGUCAUUCAUAUCCAACCCUAUAUACAUAGGACUUAAGCAGCCAUUCUCAUUCUGUGAGUCAGAUUUCUUCCGUAUUCCAGACCUAACCAGCUAU